AUGACCCAGCUCAAGCCGGUCGACGGCACAGACUAUUACCUGUGGAAGUACCUUCCAUCAGUUCCAGCGGCAGCCGUAUUCAUUGUGUUGUUCACGGGCGUUACCGGCGGACUUUGCUGGCGCACGGUCAAGGCGCGGUCGUGGUUCUGCAUCCCCUUUGACAUUGGUGGAUUGUUUCAAACCAUCGGCUAUAGCACUCGCGUAUUUGCUUAUUACCGUACCGAUCUCAUUGCGCCUUACGCGAUCCAGAGCACUUUCAUCCUCCUGGCGCCCGUCUGCUACGCCGCCACCGUCUACAUGGUGCUCGGCCGCCUCAUUCGCAGCGUCCAUGGCGAGCGCUUCUCCAUCAUUCGGCCCGCAAGGAUGACCAAGCUGUUCGUCCUGGCGGAUAUUUUGGCGCUAAAUGUGCAGGGAAAUGGUGCGGGGUUGACGGUCAAGAAAAAGACUCAACAGCUAGGGAAAUACAUCGUGAUCGCUGGCCUGUUUAUCCAGUUGAUCGCGUUUGGAUGUUUCGUCGUUGUGGCGCUGGUGUUCCACGUGAGGAUGCGGAGAAGCGUCGGUAAGGAUGCGAGGUCAAGGUCGAAUGAUGUCCCGUGGAGACAAGGUUUGAAGAUGGUAUACAUCUGCAGUGCGUUGAUCAUGGUGAGGUCGCUCUUUCGGGUGGUCGAGUAUAUGAUGGGCGUGGAUGCGUUUCUGCUGUCACAUGAGUGGCCGACGUACGUCUUUGACGCGGCGCCAAUGUGGACUGUCCAAGUGACUUUCCUUCUUUGGUUCCCGGACAAAUUGAAACCGGGUCAACAGGGUGGCAGUGAAGAUGGGCAUGUGCUUGUGGGAAACGAGUCGCCGGUGCAGUAG